UUAGGGUUUGCGGGCAUUGCGCGAUGGAGGAGGACGAUGGCGCCGCGCCGAUCUACUUCCUCCCUCGCCUCACUCUCCCAUCGCUCGCGCGGCCCGGCGAGUCGAUCCUCCCCGCGGUUUCUUGGCUCGUCGCCACGCUCCUCCUGGCGGGCUUUUUCGUCUACGUUGCGAUCCAGUGGCAGCGCAAGCUGGCUAUCCAGUGGAUGAAGGCCGCAGCUCACGCCAAGCGGCGAUCCAGGGGCAGGGUCAGGGCGCCAAGCACCGCGCACAUCUGGAGCCAGGAAUCCAGCAGCUCGCGGCCGCGGCCAUCGACGUGCUUCGUCUGCCUCGAUGCCAUCACUCCCUCGCAAUCCCUCUCCUCGGUCUCCUCCGGCGCGGUCUACUCGCUCCACCGCUGCCUCGUCUGCGGCGUGGCAUCGCAUCUGGGCUGCUCCAAGAGCGCGGCCAAGGAUUGCAAGAGCGUCGCCAUGGCCGGGUCCUCUUCCAGUUUGCUCCACCAGUGGGUCGAGAGGUGGAUGGACGUGGAUGAUAUCCCAGAGGACAGGGCCUACUGCAUGCACUGUGACGAGCCUUGCAACGCGUCGUUCUUGGGUGGAAGCGCGAUCUGGCGGUGUAUGUGGUGUCAGCGCCUAGUUCAUGUGGAUUGCCACUCCGUCCACUCGAGAAACUCGAGUGAGCUCUGUGAUCUUGGGAUGCACAAGAGGUUGAUCGUCUCGCCGCUGUGGGUGAAAGAUACCGGGAAGAGGAUGGUCGGGCUUAUCAGCUCCAUAACUCAGGGAGCCAACGAGCUGGCCUCGUCCGUGCGUGGACAGAUCAGGAAACGAAGGAAAAAGGGGAAGAGGUCGAGUGAAAAUGUAAACGCUUUGGCUUCGAGCUCCUCCGAGGCUUCGAGGAUCUCCACCGACGGAGUGAUUUCUGAUGGAGAUAGUAUGCGAACCAGCUCGGCAGAACUUAAGGAAGUUGACGAGUUGACGAAUGGAAAGCUCAACAACGAGCUGGAGGUGGUACACGGUCCCUCGGCGAAGCAAAAGUAUCAGCUGGUGGAAGUUCCGGGGGAUGCGAGGCCUUUGCUCGUGUUUAUCAAUCGCAAGAGUGGAGCUCAGCAUGGGACGGCUCUUCGACGACACUUAAACAUGCUGCUCAAUCCCGUCCAGGUGUUUGAGCUUAGUAAGGCUCAGGGACCGGAUGCGGGAUUGGAGUUUUUCAAAGGCUUCGCGCACUUUCGGAUUCUGGUUUGCGGCGGGGAUGGCUCGGUUGGCUGGGUUUUGGACGAGAUUGAGAAACGUAACUACGAGUCUCCUCCUCCCGUAGCCAUUUUGCCGAUAGGAACUGGGAACGACUUAGCCAGAGUUCUUUCGUGGGGGGGAGGAUAUGCUGCCGUUGGAAGGCAAGGUGGACUUUACAACAUGCUACACGAGGUUGAUCAUGGAGCGGCUUCGAUGCUUGAUCGAUGGCUUGUUCGCAUCUCUGACAAUUACUCUAAGCCUGGAGAGGAGAUUGUGGCUGAGAAGUACGUGAAUAACUACCUUGGGAUCGGGUGCGACGCAAAAGUGGCUCUAGAUAUCCACAUGCUUCGUGAAGAGAAUCCAGAAAAGUUUUACAAUCAGUUCCUCAAUAAAAUGCUGUAUGCUAAGGAGGGUGCGAAAGACAUCGUGGACAGAACUUGCUCUGAUCUCCCCUGGCACCUCCGUGUCGAGGUCGACGGCUCGGAAAUCAUCAUACCAGAGGACACGGAAGGCGUUUUGUUCACAAACAUCGGCAGCUACAUGGGCGGCGUGGACUUGUGGCAGAACGAAGAGGAGCACGAAGACGAGUUUGGGCCGCAGUUCAUGCACGACAAGAUAAUUGAAGUGGUCGGGAUUUGUGGGACUUGGCAUCUGGGAAAGCUGCAGGUUGGUUUGUCCCGUGCUCGGAGGCUUGGACAAGGACGUCAUAUCAAGAUAUGGAUGUCCGCUAGCUAUCCUGUACAGAUCGAUGGCGAGCCUUGGAUCCAGCACUCGUGCACGUUUGAGAUAUCACACCACGGACAGGCUUUCAUGCUCAAGCGCACGCAAGAAGAUGCUAGAGACCAUGCCGCUGCGAUCAUGACAGAGAUUCUCGAGAACGCCGAGUGUGGUGGAGUUAUAAAUGCUUCCCAAAAGCGAGCGCUUCUCCAGGAGAUGGCAGUACGCUUGUCCUCCGUAGCGGCUGAGAUGCGUAGUAAAAGAGAGAGAACGAGAAACCACGCACUGUGCGUGAAGCUUUGGAUUCGUUUAGAAAUAAAACAACAGAGUAGAGGUUUUGGUCGAGAUUUCGGUGGUGAUGGUUUUGGGAGAUUCUCGGCGCUCUCAGCCAUGUUGAAGCGGAGGCAGGGCACUCCUCCAGAGGCUUCCGCCCCGACGAAGCGGCCAAACACGCGAUCCAGGUCCCCCAUUCCCGUGGGGGCGAAUGGGCAGCCACUGGAGGUGAUCCCUGGCAAGGGCGAGACGGUGUCCAAGGUUCCUAGCGUUACCAAGCAGAAGAUUGGGCAGCCCCAUCCGGCCGUCGCCGCUACCGUCCAGGCCGAGCAGGCCGUCAAUAAUCCGGACAGGGAGCUCGAUUCGUCUCGAGCUCCUGGAGCUGACGCUGUCGUUCAGAUUGAGAACAUCUCACACGGCCAGCUCGUCGUGCCGGAUGAGGCGCCCAGUGAUGAUACCAGCACAGUUUCUUCUUCUACUCCGGUUGUUCUUCCCAAGGCUCCAUCGCUAGCUCAGCACAAGCAGCUCAAGCAGCAAGCACACAUCGUUCCAACUCACGCAGGAUGGUUUUCGUGGACUGGCAUUCACACUCUCGAGAAGCGUGGCCUGCCCGAGUUUUUCAACGGGAAGACCAAAAUGAACACGCCGGAGCUCUACAUGGAGUACAGGAACUUUCUCAUACAGAAAUACCGGGAGAAUCCAGAGAAGGUUUUGGCGAUCUCGGACAUCCAGGACUUGGUGGUCGGGGAUCUCAAUUCUGUCCGACGAAUCAUUGAGUUCCUUGACCACUGGGGGCUCAUCAACUAUCACGUAACAACAAGGCCGGGACAGUCUUAUCCUGCUUGGCAGGGAACGCCUCCAAAGGUGGAAGAAAACAAUGCCGGGGAGCUACAUGCUGUCCCGCAUUCCGUGAGCCCUCUUGGAAGUCUGUACCAGUUUGAGACUCCUACAAAGUCUACGUUCCAGACUCACUUGGAUCCUGUCGCUGCGCUUGCCGAAACUUUUGUUUCGGAAGCCUUAGCAUCGACACCAGGUCCGGCAGUCGAGUACCAUUGCAAUGCUUGCUCUGCCGACUGCUCCAAGCGGCGUUAUCACUGCCAAAAACAGGCAGACUUUGAUUUGUGUCCGGAUUGCUACAAUGAUGGAAAGUUUGGCCCGGGCAUGUCGACAUCCGAUUUCAUCCGAUUGGACGCUUUGUCGGAUGCUAAUUCCGAUGAUGGUGGCUGGACGGACCAAGAAACUCUACUGCUGCUCGAGGCGUUGGAGAUGUUCGGCGACAACUGGAAUGAGAUUGCCGAGCAUGUAGCGACCAAGUCAAAGGCUCAGUGCAUACUUCACUUCAUAAAAAUGCCUAUUGAAGACUCCUUUCUGGACGAUGUCGAGGCUUCCGCAAGCAUCACUGCGGCCUCAAAGCACACCGAGGAAGACGGAAAGCUGGCAGCAAGAGAGGAUACGGUCUUCAAAGCCAUAAUGGAGGCGUCAGCAUCUAAGGACUCUUUAUCGGGUCCCGACGGCUUGAUAGCUUUCGCUGACGCUGGCAAUCCGGUAAUGGCGCAGGUCGCUUUUCUCGCUGCAAUGGUCGGUCCUCGAGUCGCAGCCGCUGCUGCACAAUCUGCAUUGGCGGCGCUGUCCGAAGACGAUCCUGCCACGCAACUGGCCGCCAGAGCUACUUUUAUCUUGGAUGAUCCUGCCACAAUUCCUCUUCCACCUUCGUUGGACAGGUCAAAUGGUCCAACAAAGGAUGAGAACGAGGCACCAAAGGAUGAGUCGAAACACAUAGAGGAUGGUGGCGCAGAUCAAACAGACAACGACAAAGAAGCCAAGCCAGAGAAGAAGAAGGCAGACGAGUCUGGUCAUCAGAACGCUCCUUCCGCAGAGCGUAUCCGUAACGCAGCCGCUACAGCUCUUGCAGCGGCAGCGGUCAAGGCAAAGCUACUGGCCGACCAAGAGGAGCGGGAGAUGCAACGUCUAGUGGCCAGUGUGAUCGAGAACCAGCUAAAAAAGCUCGAGACAAAGCUCAAGCAUUUUGGUGAGCUGGAGGUCAUGCUGAAAAAGGAGUACGAGCACAUUGACCGCGCCAGGCAAAAGCACUUUGCCGAGCGCGCUCGGUUGCUACAGUCCCGGAUCGCGCCAAACACAGCGGCCGCGGAGAUGCCGUCGGGGCAGCAGCAGCAACAGCAACAACAACAACUUCAUCAGCAGCAGCAGCAGCAGCAAAUCCAGCAGCAUCAAAUGCAGCAAAUCCAGCAACAACACCAGCAGCAACAGCCAUUAUCGUCCCUCUCACCGCUAACUUUUAACAGGCCGGCUGCGCUCAUGGGCCAAGUAGUUCCAGGUCCGAGCACCCUGAGCAGCAUGGCAGCAGCAGCAGGAGGAGGAGGUGGUCCUCCUUCGUCGCUUGCUGCCUCGAGCUCUCAAAGGCAGCAGUUUGGGUUUGGAUCGUCGGGGCUGACAGGAUUGGCACCCUCAGCGGCAGAAGCUCCGGCUAGACCUCCGUUUCCCUCGGCAAACAACACAGCGUGAUCAUCGUAAAGCGCGAGCCAGUCACAAAGAGAGACGGUGGACACAAGCGUGGACUAUGGGAAGUUCUUGGUUCUUGAGGGGAGGAGCUAGUUCUCGAAGAGGAGAGAGAUUUGUGACUCAUAUACUCCAAAGCUUGUCACCGGCUUAAGAACAAAUGGAUGUAACCAUUAAAAAGGAAGAUUAGUGUAUAACAUAAUCACAAUCGAUUAAAUUUUGGACGAUUAAACAAUUUUGUCCAUUUC